GGAAAAAUUGCUAUAUAAAGCUAGGGGUUAAGAGUCGGUUAAAAUCGAAGUUUAACCAUAUUCAAAUACAUAUAUAGUCCUGGUAACAGACUUGAGACAUUUCUGUUUAUGAUGUGAUCAUGUGACGAACUGUGCAUUAUUCCACAUUUGCACUGUAAAAAUUGGAGCAAUGAAAUCUUCGGAAGUCCAAGAAAAUGAAAUUGAGGUAAAAUGGAAUAAACCAUAGAGCUUAUUACACAUACCGUGAUUUCUGGACCAUAAUUGUAUCAUCUAUGGCGUUUACUACAAUCUUGGACAUGCAACCUUCUUAGCUAUAUUCUUGAAGCUAAUAUGUUCAACAAUUGGAAGUACAGGUGGCCACAUUUAUAAUUUACAGAAUCUUACUAAAUGAGAAAGGGCUCAACUACUUGCUCUCCAUGCCGGAGCGAUAUCUCGUGGUAACCCAUUGUUUGGAAAACAUGGUUGAAAUACUUGAUGUAGAAGAUGAAGAAUAUUUGCCACACUUGCUGAAAAACAUCAUUGGCUGUUAUCUCAGGAUCUCAGAAAAUGAAAGGAUACGAGCAGACUUGUCAGGCUACAUUCCAUGGUUGUUGGUAGAUUACAAAUAUGUUAAUAUCAUUCGUGGUGAUCCAGAAGCCUUUGGUAACCUACGGAGAUUGAUUUGGCUUUUCGGAAGUGGCACAGGCAUACAAGAGAAUCUACCGGUGAGCCACCCGGAUUGGUAAUCGGAUGACGAAGAAUGCAAUCUGUUACGAACAGAAAUCGAGAAGCCAAAAAUGGCAAAGAAAGAAGGGAAGGAAAAGAGAAAUUCCAGAGAGGAGAGGAAGAGUUUGAGAAGAAGGAAGAAGAAUAGACAGAAAAGAGAGAGAGAAAGAGAACAAUUCCUCAACAAUUUUCAUUAACCAUUCAAUGACCUCAGCCAAAAUAGAACAGCAUAUAUAGGGGAAGAUAACAGCAAAAAGAAAAUAAAAAAAGUAAAAGAAAAUUGUUGGAUGAAAUGCUCCUUCUCAUAGAGUUUUCUACGCGCUGUAUCAUUAAAGCAAAACGCAUCGUUUUGCUUGGUAUUUUCAUUUGCUCGUAUUUGUCCUCAAGGAUCAAAGUGAAGAAAAGUGCUUGAAUUUUGAAUAGGAUAACCAUAAAUAUCCAUUAUUUGAUCAAGCAUAGGGCAUCCAUAAGCACAAAGUUCAUGACAGGAACAUCAAACUUGAAUUCAAUGGGACAUAGAUCAUCAAAAAUUUGUAGCCCAACGCUAUCCAUUGUGCCAUUAGGAUUAGUAACCUUAUGCACUUUGGUAAUCAUUGUAGUAAAUUUCACAUAUUUAUAAAUUCAGUUUUCA